UGAGAUUAAUGUUGGCAAUUUGAUUUUAGUGCCGGUCCGAAACCAAAAAUGCCUAAAAAGGAAUUGAAUAGAACUUAUGAAUCCGAAGAGAGCUUAUUAAAAAAAUUAAGUGAAGAUAAUAAUUUAGUAUUACCUCUACCUUUGAAAAAAUACUCAGUUGGCAGGAUGAUAGGAGAUGGUAAUUUUGCAGUGGUCAGAUUAUGUAAAGACGUUACCACAAAUAAAGAGUACGCCUUGAAAAUUAUAGAUAAAUCCAAGUGCAAAGGAAAGGAAGACAUGAUCGAAAAUGAAGUGAAAAUAUUAAGGAAAGUGCAUCAUCCUUAUAUAAUGUCUCUAAUAGAAGAAACAGACACAAAAAAUAUGCUUUAUCUAGUCUGUGAAUAUGUUAAAG